AGAAAAAGAAGACGCUGAUGUUUACUGGAACAUCUCAAUGGAUGUGAAACUGGAGAGCUGUGAUGUGGACACUAAUAUCAUGGAUAUUAAGGAGGAGGACUGUGAGUUGGAGUCCAUCUACCUUAAACAGGAAAGUCUGAGCAUUAAGGAGGAGAGCAGUGAACUACAGACAGUGGGCAUUAAAGAUGAAGCUGAAGAGAAGUCUGUCAGUAUUGAGACAAUUAACCAUACAAAUCUGGACAGUGUAAAUGAAGACAACCUUCAUGAUUGGUGUCAAGAUGGAGUGGUAACCUGGUUAGACUCUUCUCAAAGCAGACACUGUUCAUCUCCAGAGCCUUCUGUCAAUGUGAAGACUGAAUCAUUACAGUCUAAACCAAAGAGGACUAAGAAAAGUACAUCUGUUAGAGCUCAGGAAAAUCGGCCACCAUCUUCAAAGCAGUCUGGAAAAAGCCAUCUUCAGGGACACGCGAGAGUUCACACCGGAGAGAAGCCAUAUUGCUGUAAUGAAUGUGGUAAACAGUUUUCAGAGAUGGGCAAUCUACAGAAACACACGAGAGUUCACACUGGAGAGAAGCCCUAUUGCUGUAAUGAAUGUGGUAAACAGUUUUCAGAGAUGGGCAAUCUACAGAAACACACUAGAGUUCACACUGGAGAGAAGACCUAUUGCUGUAAUGAAUGUGGUAAACAGUUUUCACAAAAAGGCCAUCUUCAGAUACACACGAGAGUUCACACUGGAGAGAAGCCAUAUUGCUGUAAUGAAUGUGGUAAACAGUUUUCACAAAAAGGCCAUCUUCAGAUACACACGAGAGUUCACAACAGAAUAAAAACAGUAGCACUUCAAAAAUCAGUCCAGAAAAACAAGAACCCUUCAGGACUCAAGAGUGAGGUUCAGUCGUGUCCUGAAAAGUUUAAACUUUAUACAGGAAUCAAACUUCACUGCUGUUCUGAAUGUGGCAAACAGUUUUCAAUAAGAUGUAAUCUUCAAAGGCAUCAAAGACUUCACACAGGGGAGAAGCCAUAUUGCUGUUCUGAAUGUGGUAAAAAGUUUUCACAGAGAAGUAAUCUUCAUAGCCACCAAAGAAUUCACACAGGAGAUAAGCCGUAUUGCUGCUCUGAAUGUGGUGAAAAAUUUUCACGGAACAGCCUUUUUAAGAGCCACCAAAGAAUCCACACAGGAGAGAAGCCAUAUGACUGUUCUGAAUGUGGCAAACAGUUUUCAGAAAGAUGCAUUCUUCAGAUCCACCAAAGAAUUCACACAGGGGAGAAGCCAUAUGACUGUUCUGAAUGUGGUAAAAAGUUUUCACAUAGAAGCAGUCUUCAGAGCCACCAAAGAAUUCACACAGGAGAGAAGCUGUAUGACUGUUCUGAAUGUGGUAAAAAGUUUUCACAUAGAAGCAGUUUUCAGCGCCACAAAAUAAUCCACACAGGGGAGAAGCCGUAUGCCUGUUCUGAAUGUGGCAAACAGUUUUCAGAAAGAAGCAGUUUUCAGCGCCACAAAAUAAUUCACACAGGGGAGAAGCCAUAUUGCUGCUCUGAAUGUGGAAAACAAUUCUCUUACAGAAGUCAUUUUCACAUACACAUUAAAACUCACUCAGGGGAGAAGCCGUAUUGCUGCUCUGAAUGUGGCAAAAAGUUUUCACGGAAAAGCCAUCUUAAGAGCCACCAAAUAAUUCACACAGGACAGAAGCCAUAUGACUGUUCUGAAUGUGGUAAAAAGUUUUCACUGAAAUGCAAUCUUCAGACCCACCAAAGAAUCCACACAAGGGAGAAGCCAUUUUGCUGUUCUGAAUGUGGUAAACAGUUUUCACAGAGAAGCAGUCUUCAAAGCCACCAAAGAAUUCACACAGGAGAGAAGCCAUAUUUCUGCUCUGAAUGUGGCAAAAAGUUUUCACAGAGUAGCAGUCUUCAGAAACAUCAAAGAAUUCACACAGAUGAACACAGUACAAUGUUGAGCAGUAGAAGAAAUACUUCAGUAAGUUUAAUGAAAAUAAAAAAGAUCUAAUUGGGGAAACUACAAGUAAAGUGGUAAAUAUACUGCCCCCCCUCCAACAGCCUCAGGUGGAAACAGAACUUACUCAUGCAUGGCUUAUGAGGGGUGAACUAAGACCAAAACAUGUACACCUCAUCAUAGGUGCACAAAACAGUGGCUUGGACACAAAGUGGUUCAGAUUAAAAAUAGAAAAAAUAAUAUAACCCAUAAUUGUCACUUCUACCACAAAGAGCUAGAAACAGUCACACAUCUUGUUGCCUGGUGUGAGGUACUGACUGCUGAAGGAUUAUAGGCUGCACAACACCACAAAGUGGCCAGGCUCAUUCACUGGAAACUCUGCAAGAAGUACAACUUACCCUCACCAGAAAGAAACUGGGACCACAACUCAGACAGCACAAUGGAAAAUGAGGAGGUGCAGGUCACUUGUAGCACAUCAAUACUGACUGACUAAUAAUAGAGGCCAGAAAACCAGAUGUAAGAAAUCCUGGAUAACAGAAGUAUUAGUUCCUAGUGAUUACUCAGUCCGAAGAAUGGAGAGGCAAGAAAGAAACAAAAUACCAAGAAAUGCAGUCUUGAAAUAUGACAAGUGAAAUGUGGACCGAAAAAUAAAAACAGAAGGACUGCCUGUUGUUCUAGGAUGAACAGGACUGAUAAAGAAAAAUGUUCAGGCCCAUCUUAACAAAUUGCAUUACCUCCUUAUGGCCUGCAUAAAGAAGCCUUAUUAGGAACAAUGAAGGUUGUACACUGAGUCCUUGUGAGAAACUUAAGGCAGUGAGAAGUUAAACAGUACAAUGAGACUGUCCUGACUAAAGAGUGAAGUUCACUCCUGUUUUGAUGGUUAGCAAACCAAGAAAAUUUGGAAGAAUUAAACCUGAGAGAAACUGAAUUGCUGUUCUGAAUGUGGUAAACAAUUCUGGCACAGAAAUACUCUUCUGAUGAACAUUACAAUUCACAAAGGAGAGAAGCCGUAUGGGUGUUCUGAAUGUGGCAAACAGUUUUCAUGGAGAAACAACCUUUUGGAUAAAACAGCAAGAUUUAUUUGUAUUGCACAUUUUCAUAUAAACAAUGUAGCGCAAACUGCUUUUACAAGAUGUAAUAAGAAGGAAGUUAAUAUAAAACAUAAACAAGACUAGGCAAUAAUAUACAGUAUGUAACAAAGAAAAAGGUAAUGUUGAAUGCCCAAGUGGACAGAAAAAAAGCAAAAAAAAAAAAACUCCAGUUACACCGAAGAGAAGAAAAUCAACAGGGGAUCCAAGGCCAAAAUACUACCUGGCUGCCUCUAGGCAUUCUACCUAACAUUGUACCUAAAUCAGUCCUCAUGGUUUACAUGCUUCACAUGAAGAUGUUGAUGAUGAUGGCCAUGUGGACACCUGGGACACUCGCCAUUCAGUCCAUAACCACGAGGCAGUGUGGUAUGUUGAUCAGAAGGUGGAGGAGCUCAUCGUCACCACAGAAGAAAUGCAGAAGACAGCAGCGAAUAGUACAGAUUAGUAUGGAACUGCACAUCACAGAGGAAAAUGAUAAUCCAGUGUCCAUAUAGACAAAUAGGGAUACAAC